AUGGACGGCGCUCAGCUCCGUCCCGCUGAGCCCUUUAAGUUUGGUGAUGGAAGAGUUGGCCAGUACGGAAGGUUUCAGCAAGCUGGGAGGAAGACCGGCUCAUUCAAAAGGAAGGGGAUUGAAAGAUGGCACAGAGCUGUGUCCCCCAACUUGGUGAAACAAAAUGUAUUGGUCCCCAAAGAGGAGCCUUUGAGUGGGAGCGACAUGGAAUUCCAUGAAAGCCAGCAAAGUCGGAAAAAAAAAGUGACGCAUAAAAUGAAGACUUUUGUCGGGAGGAUGUUGUCAUACAAGUCCAGACGCAAGCCAGCAAGUGUCAGUGGAGAGGGCACCAGCAGCCAUCGGCGAGCCCUGCGUUCGGAGCCGCGGAGCCCUCCUGCUGGAAGAGUCGAGGGGCCCCCGUCACCCGGGCCGUCCACCACUAAAAUGAGGAAAGAAGAGGAGAACGCGACGAUACAACUUGAUGUUGUAGAAGCAGAGACAGAGGAGAUAACCCGAGGAAACACGCUCCUGCAGGCGAGGAGGACCACCCAGCGGUUAUCUGUGACGUCCCUCCCUCCAGCCCUGCAGAAGGUUCCAUAUUCCUCAAAAAAGAGACUACACUUUCCAGCACUUAAAAAGAAGAAACAUGGCAUUGAAAACAUCCUCCAAAAAUCAGAUUUGACAGUAGGAAAGCUUCAAAUGCAGGUGGAUGACCUCAUAGAAACAGUGACUGAUAAGUCCAUGAAGUUACUAGCCCAAAGACAUGCUGAGCUUCAACAGUGUGAGUUUCUAGGGGAUGAAAUUCUUCAGUCUUCUAAGCAGUUUCAGAGGAUUUCCAAGAGAACCAUGAGGAAGUAUAAACUGAAAAAUGUGUGUUUCCCAUGUACCUGCUGCUGCUUCUGA